UCUGAAAUUUGAAACUGGUGAGAAGUUGAUAACUUUUUUUUUUUUAGUUAAUAAACCUACAACCACCGUUUUUUUGAAGUCUUCGGACACAACAAAAAAACCAGUUCGAUAGGCGUGACCAAUAUACUUUUUCGUACUUCAACACUUCAAACUCACUUUUUGUCUCUCCCCUUUGUAAUAAUAAACCCAAAAUCACAGAGCAAGACAGCAAAAGUUACAAAAAAAAAUGGCAGAAGAAUCUAUCUCCACCACUCUCGCUAUGCCUUCAUCGGGACUCUCACCUCAAGAAGACUGAAACAACAGAGAAAGCUACUGAGACUAUUCCACCGGAAACUGCAGUAACCGAGCACCAUCCACCAAAAGUGACUGAAACAGAAACGGCAUCGUCGACGGAUAAGAAAGAGCUAGGAGACGUAACGUUGCAGGAGGAAGAAGAAGCUGGUCAAAUUUUCAGGCCUUCAUCAAUGUUCCCUGGUGGUACCUUUUGUUUUACACAGUGAUUGGUCCGUUCAUGACACCAAGAUCAAAGAGCAAGUUGGUGUUUGCUGGUCCGUCAAGAUCAGCAGAAACUCUUUUCAAAUACAUAUCACCCGAACAAGUCCCGGUACAGUACGGAGGAUUGAGUGUAGAUCCUUGUGACUUAUCUUUGGAAGAUCCAGCCUCAGAGAUCAUUGUUAAGCCCGGAACAAAGCGAACUGUCGAGAUCAUAAUCUAUGAGAAAUGUGAGAUUGUGUGGGAGAUAAGGGUAAUUGGAUGGGAAGUGAGCUACAAGGCAGAGUUUGUGCCUGAAGAGAAAGAUGCUUAUACGGUGGUUGUACAAAAACCAAGGAAGAUGAAACCAUCUGAUGAACCGGUGCUAACCCAGAGCUUCAAAGUGAAUGAGCUUGGCAAGGUUUUACUCACCGUAGACAACCCAACCUCUAAGAAGAAGAAGCUUGUUUACAGGUUCAAUGUCAAACCUCUCUAAAUUGAGAUGUCUUUUGUGUGUUUUGUAUAUGUGAGUGUUUGGUUUACUUUUUUUUUAAUCAUAUCAUUUUGUAUAUGUGGUUUACACGAUGGAGGUUCUGCAUCUUUUGCUCAUGUAAUCAUUUGAGAAUAAUAUAUUUUACAUGACCUUCUAUGAUAAAGAUCUUGAAUA